CUCUGCCCGACCUCUCUUUCCGGGCAAGCAGAGGAGCAGCGGGUGAUCGGGCGGGGAACAAAGUGAGGUGUGAAGAUGAAGAUUGCAGUGAUCGGUCAGAGUCUGUUCGGCCAGGAGGUUUACAAGGAGCUGAGGAAGGACGGCCACAUUAUCGUAGGAGUCUUCACCAUCCCUGACAAGGAUGGCAAGGCCGACCCAUUGGCAUCUGAGGCGGAGAAGGAUGGUGUUGCCGUCUUCAAGUUCCCGCGCUGGCGUGUGAAGGGCCAGGCCAUCCCGGAGGUGGUGGCUCAGUACAAGGCCUGUGGUGCCGAGCUCAACGUCCUGCCCUUCUGCUCACAGUUCAUCCCCAUGGAGGUCAUCGACCACCCCAAACACGGCUCCAUCAUCUACCACCCCUCCCUGCUGCCUCGCCACAGGGGAGCUUCUGCUAUCAACUGGACCCUAAUCCAUGGUGACAAAAAGGGCGGGUUCACAGUGUUCUGGGCUGAUGACGGACUGGACACCGGACCAAUCCUGCUGCAGAGGGAGUGUGACGUUGAACCCAAUGACACCGUCAACACAAUAUACAAGAGAUUUCUCUUCCCAGAGGGGGUCAAAGGCACAGUUGAAGCUGUAAGGCUGAUUGCAGAAGGGAGGGCCCCGAGGAUCACCCAGCCACAGGAGGGAGCCACAUAUGAGUGCAUUCAGAAGAAAGACAAUUCUAAGAUUGACUGGAACCAGUCUGCGGAGGCUCUCCACAACUGGAUCAGAGGAAACGACAAAGUGCCUGGUGCCUGGGCAGAGGUUGAUGGACAGAAGGUGACUUUCUACGGCUCCACUCUGGUGGAUAGCAGCACCCCACCUAACGGUCAGCCCCUGGAGAUCCCUGGGGCCAGCCGACCUGGCAUCGUCACCAAGGCGGGCCUGGUGCUGUUUGGCAGCGACGCCAAGGCGGGAGAGAGCGACGAAUUAAAACUUGACCUCAGAGAAACCUGGACUUGGUAUUGAACCUCUUUAACACACUCAACUCCACCAGACCCAAGAACUUUCUCCAUCUUUUGUACCUCUUGUUGCUUAGAAAAAACCUCUACAGAUGUUGCAGCUGAGGAGACUUUUCAACCUAACCAGUUUUGUAUU